UUAUAAAUGUAUCAACAUUUAUAAAUUAAUUAGCAUUUCCAAAAAGGUGCAAGUUCUGUGUGUGUUUGAAAGAGAUAGUGACUUGCCAGUUCUGUGGGAAAUGUUACAUUGAAGUGGGAGUGGGCAGAUUUGUAGAGGGGAUGUAGAUGUUUUCCUAGGUCUAGGCGAGGGGAAGUAGGAAUUAACAGGUUAAGAAAAAAAAGAAAUACAUUAAAAUUUUAUAACAAAGGUUGCUAUUUUCAUGACUGGGAGCAGGGCAUAGUAUAUAUAAAACUAUUUAAAAUAUGGGAAGAAGGCCACUUGCAUCAGUGAAAACAUAGGGCUCACAAAUCUGGCUUUCUUUCAAAGAGAGAAAUCUAAAGCACACUUUGAAGGAAAGAUUUAUAGGGGGGAAAAUGGCUGAGAGGGGCCAAAUUCUAGUAGGACUUGUGCGGUCUUGUUAUGCCCUCAAGUGUGACUGGCACUUCUGAUUUCCUGUUCUCCAUAAGUGGAGUGAAUUUUGUGCAGAGAUGUUCUGGUGGAUGGCAAUCCUCUGGUUACAAUUGCAGGCUAGUGAAGUAGCUAUGGGUAUUUCCAAAUAUGCCUGGAAAAUGACUUAAAACUCAUGUAGGGGCAUGAAUAUGGGACAGUCAUAAGGGGGGUCAUAGUGGGUGGAACUGAACCCUUAAUGCUGUUGAAUUGAACUAGAACACUUUUUUUUUAACGUUUAACUAAAUAUAUAUUGGGUCUCAAUCUGUUGUGUUAAGGGCUGUCUCUGGGUUUCACACCAGGUUUAAUUAGAGUAAAGAAUGCCCUCUGUUUUCAUGAACUUGAGUAGAAGAAAAGUACAAUGCUUGCAGUGUUCAGAUCUGCAACUGUCAGAGGUUUCCUGUUCCUCAUUAGUCUUUGCCUGUUCUUGUGUCAAAUCAGAUAUACUGUAAUCUCUCUGUCAUAGCUUUUCUGUUAUCCAGUUUCCACUCUGAUCUGGAGAUAGGUGUUCAGAACAAAGUUUAAGAGCUACUAGAGAGAACUGCACAUGCUUUUGUGAUUGUUAGACUGCUCUUUUGAUCUUUAUUCAACUUUUUAGGAAAGAAGUUGUUGAUAUUUCAGAGUGUUCCAGCUGCAUGCUUCUUGAAGUUCUUAAUAUACUGCUGUAAAAUGAAAAUAGCUGGAAGCUGUCUGUAAUAGUGAAAUUAAAGGAUUUUGGUUGCCAAAGUCUAAGUUCAAAGCUGCAUCUUCUUACAGUUUGAACUCUGCAUUAAAGAUACACCAGUGUAGGGAGCUGUAUUCUUUUUCAGGUAGCAGGAAUAUUCUAGAAAACUGAAUUCAAGCUCUGUACUUCUGACUUUGAACUGAUACUUGUCUGUCUUGGUCCACUGAUAACAAAGUAUGAGUCUGUGAAGCCUGUAAUUGUAGUGGAGCAUUUCAGAACAGCCCUGUGAGAUGGUGAGAUUUUGUUAUCCCCACUUUAAUGUCUGGGAAACUGAGGCAUGGGGCAGACUGAUAAAUUAGCUAGGAAGUCUGAGAGAGUUAGCACGUAAUUGCUGUAGCCUGUAUGCCAGCCUUUCUUGGUGAAAUAAAAGGAUGCUGUCUUUGGAAGGCAUUAACCUGUAUUUAUUAGAAGCUUCCUUGGUGCAGUCUUGGCAAUGCUGCUGUUCUUGUGGUACAGCACUAAAACUAACUCGGCAAUGGGAAUAAUAAAAUCUACAUGCUAGCAAUUAAGCACUUGCUGUUUUGCUUAGCCAUAAACUAGACCCCAGGUUGACAGCAUGAGGUGUGCCAAUAGAAAGCUGCUGAAAUCCAGAUAUGUAUUUUUCAAAUCUGGAUAUGAAAGCACAUAUACAGCUCUAAGACACCUUGAUGCUGGUUAUCAGCCCUUAUAUGAGCUAGUGUUCCCAGUGUAACUUUAGAUCAAGACCUGAAGGGAGGGCUGUAUUGGCAGUGCCUCUUCUUGAAUGGGACUUAUAGAUGUUCCUAUAGCAUAAGUAAAUAUUGUUAUACUUGUUAAUGACUACUUUAUAUGCUUGAUAAUAUCCUAUAGCAGCAAGCACAAUGCUGUGUACGUGAAAGGAACUUCUGUUGUUUUUACCUUCGCUGUAUUCUAGUUGUGGUUUGCUGAAGCUGUGGAUUUAACCAUUGACUAAUGAUUUCCCAGUGUAACAGUCUCUCACUGAGUGAAAAAAGUGUCUGUUAAUGAUCUGUACUCGUAAACACAGGAGCUUAAUGAUAAUUGUCCUCAGUGGUGUGAAUUGCAGGGAUUUGCACUGGGUGUAUGCACUGUGCUGUGAUUGCAGUUUAAUGUAGGCUUAUGGGAGCUAGCUUUGAAGUAGAAGGCUGUCUAGCCAUGGCAGCGCAGAGCUCAAACAACUGCCUAGAAGCUGGAGAACUACAGAAACGGUUAAGCUGUUGUUCUUCCCUUGCUGCUGCCUAGCCUAGUGAAAAAAACAAAACAACAAACAAAACAAAAGCCCAAACCAAAAAAACUGCUUAUGUGCCUCUCUACGUGUGUGUGGUCAUAUAGAACAAUUUUCCUUGUAGCUCACCUUUCAGUGGAGUAUGGUGAUCUUUUAUGAUAGUUUAUAACUCCUACUGUAACAGCCGUAUACUAUUGAGAUCCUCUGAUUGUUUAAAUUCAACAAGAAGGUUCAGCUGGUAGCAUAAGAGACCUAUGCCCAUUGCAACUUUUUUUUUAAUGUAAUGCUUUAAGAUAAUACACUGCCAUGAUAAAAUGGGUUCUAAAUGCUGUUUCUCAGCCUUGUUGACUUCAGUUAUCUUCUGUCUUUCCCAGCUUCUUCCUUUAUAACCAGUCUCUAUCCUCAUUCCUACUUUACUUUUUUUCACAAAAUAUUCACAUAAGCUUUGAUGUCUUUAACUUAUUCUUGUACUGUGCAGUACUUCUGAGAUGAGCACAGCAGGUAAGUUACUUCUGUAGGCAUUUAGCUGGAUUUGCUCACAUAGAAAUAGAAUCUGGACUGGCUCUAUGAAAACAAGCGUUACUACCCAUUAAAAGGAAGUAGCUUUUCUGCUUUCUUCUCCUUUGGUCAGCAAGACAGUUAAUAUUCUACUUGCUAGUAAAAAGGUCUUAAGAGUAAGUAUUUGGAAGAAAGAUAACCUAUGAUCAUGGGUCAACAUCCUAGCUUUUGAGUAAGUUAGGAGUAAAUGAGCCAUCACAUGAGUACAGAUAGCCCAAACUUGAUGUUUAGCUGGAGUUAUCUGCACUGACAGCUUAAUAGUGUGAAGGACCAUACUAAACUUAAAUUCUGCUUGGGUCGCUGCAUCUGUUUUAUUGGAGAGAGGUGGGCACUUCAGCAGUCCCUGAAUUACCUUCGUUAGAGCUCCUAAAUUGCAUUCAUGAGAGCUGUUUAAAGCCAGCUAGUAGGAAACAUUGGUGCCAAAGUAUUUGGAUGGAAUUCAGGCUGCCUGAAUAUGAUCCUACAGUCUUAAUUGUGCCACCUUUCAGUGAGAAGAUUGUGAGACUUUAGUGGUAUCUGAUCAGUGCCUGUAUCACUCUGGAGUAUCCCAGAAGUCAUAUGACUUUCCACCAGCAUAAAAAUGAGCCUGAGAGGCCACGAGGGUACAGGCAGAAGGGGCAAAGGCUGAUGACUACCUUGGCAAGCAGCAGGAAGAAUAUGGGAUGGUGGCAGGAAGAGCUGAAGAGAUAGUUGGAGUAUUUGGAAAGGUCAGAGGAUUAAAGCAAGACAAUGGACUGGGGAGCUCUGCAUACCAUUUUAGGAGGCGUAAAUAAACACUCCACCAGUAUUGGGAAGAUAUGGCUCACAGUCCUGUUCAUCUUCCGUAUCAUGAUCCUGGUUGUGGCUGCAGAGAGAGUCUGGGGAGAUGAACAGGAUGACUUCAUCUGCAACACUCUGCAACCUGGUUGCAAGAAUGUUUGCUACGAUCACUUUUUCCCCAUCUCUCAUAUUAGACUCUGGGCUCUGCAGCUGAUCUUUGUUUCCACACCUGCGUUGCUGGUGGCCAUGCAUGUAGCUUACAGGAGGCAUGAGAAGAAAAGGCAGUUCAGAAAGGGAGACCAGAAAUGUGAAUACAAGGACAUUGAAGAAAUCAGAAAACAGAGGUUUCGUAUUGAGGGCUCCUUGUGGUGGACAUACACUAGCAGCAUCUUCUUCAGACUGGUCUUUGAAGCAGUCUUCAUGUAUGCGUUUUAUUUCAUGUACGAUGGGUUCAGAAUGCCUCGGUUAAUGAAGUGUAAUGCUUGGCCCUGCCCCAACACAGUAGACUGCUUUGUUUCUCGACCUACUGAAAAGACGGUGUUUACUAUUUUCAUGAUUGCUGUGUCCAGCAUUUGCAUUCUUUUAAAUGUGGCUGAGUUAUGCUACUUACUGACAAAAUUUUUCCUCAGAAGGUCUAAAAAAGCUGGAAAUUCAAAACAUCAUCCCAACCAUGAGAAUAAGGAAGAAACCAAACAAAAUGAAAUGAACGAGUUAAUAUCUGAUAGCUGUCAGAACACAGUUAUAGGAUUUUCAAGUAGCUAAGGUGGUGUAAAUGCUGGUGUUCACUCUUUUUGGAGUGAAUGUUCUGUUUAAAGGCUGCAAGUGAAAUUUGUUAUAUAAAACAAUUUCAGUUGGGUGAGACUGAUACAUAGUGUCAGGUGUCAAGUAUGCACAUGUCUGAAAAAAUCAGGGCAGCCUAAACAUGUGAAAAUGGCAUGAGGUUUAAAUAGGAAAUGGUAUCUUCCUAUGAGUACCCUUACAAACUGACUAUGACAAGUGGGAAACCCACUAAUACCUUCAUGCUGACAACAGCUCCUGAAAACUACAUGCAACAGCGAUAAAAACAAAAUUCUUUCCAAGCUAGAUAUUCUAGUAUUACAAGAUGUUUUGUAAUAGUGAUAGUUUUUACUUGUGAACUGACAAUUAAAAUAUUUUUUCUAAAGUCUAAGAUUCCAUGUGACUUAAGGUGUUAUAGUACACAACUGACUGUAUAUUGUUUCUUCACCAGGCAUAUGCAGAUGAACCCUGUAAUACCGUAUCCAUAGGGAGGAGAUGGCGAUAGGCUACAUCUCUACAGCUUUGCAAGCGCUGCUUGAGUCUGGACAGGUGGCUUGGGACACUUGCAUACACACUGUGGGCUGUAGGGAAGUUGUGUGGAAGCCUACCAUGUGUAGCACGGCUGACUGAGGUAGCUAGGUCCCAAGUGCAAAGUCAUGCCUAAAGCCAGCAUGACAAUAUAGGUACAGUCUGAGUAGACAUGCUAUAAACAUCUAGCAGACCUGGUAAUCUUAUUGCUCUUUUAAUUGCAUACUGCCACUUCUAUAGCAACUUACACAACUUUAUGUAAAUGUUUAUUUCUCUGAUGUACUAGCUGUAUUUGUUUCUUUAUGCUAUAUCACAUCAUGGAACUUUUUUGGUUUUGAUUUGUUUGCUUUUAUUGUGGUAGACUGGUGCUGUUACAAAACUAGGGGCUCUUUGGUUUGAAGGACAUGGAGAGGUACCACUGGAAACAGAACAAGUCUUCUGAAUAAAAGGCAAAUACUUUAACCUUU